AUGUCUUCAUCAUCUUCUGAGCAUGAUGCUGAAGACACAGCUACAACUGCAGCUAAAGCUGUAGCUGAAGCUGAAGCCUUUAUGGAAGAGUACAUGCGCCAAUACAUGAAGGAUGACAGUAUUCAUCAACGUGUACUUCGAGCAAUAGCGUCAAACACAAGUCACACGAGAAGAUAUGUGCAACGAGACCGAGAAGGAGCACACGAGCGACUCAUGCAGGAUUAUUUUGAUGAUAAUCCAACAUGGGGUCCCAAUGUAUUCAGGUGGCGUUUUCGGAUACGGAAAGAGUUAUUCACUCGCAUAGUGAAUGCUUUGGAAGCCUACAACAUAUGGUUUCAACAAAGACCUGAUGCCACAGGAAAGAAAGGUUUCACGCCACUACAAAAAUGCACGAAUGCGAUUAGGCAGUUGGCAUAUGGUGGCCCAGCUGAUCACUACGAUGAGUACUUGCGGGUUUCUGAAACAACAGGGUACGAGUGCUUGCGCUACUUCUGCCGAGGUGUUAUUGAGGUUUUCGGUGCACACUACUUAAAGUGGCCAACUUUUCAUGACUAUCAAUGCUUGAUGGAAAUGCACAAGCAAAAGCAUGACUUUCCUGAAAUGCUCGGGAGUCUUGAUUGGUCCAACAAUGAUAUAAACGUGCUUAAUUAG